AUGUCUUUCUUUUUAUUCCUCGUCCUUCUGAGCUUAAAAUUCCAGACCGAAGCCUUUAAUUUUUCGCCACUUGCUAAUAGAGUGAUACAUUUUCCAAAGCAUCUGAAAACCCACUUAAACCAAACGCGAAGCUCCUACUUUGGGUUCUCGCUCGUCAUGCGUCCAAAUAGCAUUUUUGUGGGAGCUCCUCGGGCCCAAUCUACCUUGGAACCGCAGAAGGACAUUGAUGAGCCGGGAGCCAUAUUUGGUUGCUCCCUGGAAAACGGAACCUGCGUUCCUUAUGUCCUGGACAACGAGGGAAAUACUGACCCAAAAAAAGAAUGGUUAACCCUUAAGCUGAAGGACAAGUACCACCAGUGGUUGGGUGGAUCAAUGGACGGUGGAACAAAGGACACCGAUAAGCUCCUCGUUUGUGCCCCGCGAUGCUAUAACCCAAUACCAAACGAUACACAAGGCAGAAUGCACGGAGUUUGCUAUUGGAUUGGUAACACCUUGCCAGGUCGAAAAAAGGUUAAUCCCAUCACGCCACUCCAGAAUCCUGAUAAACAGGUGCACUUCGAUAAGAGUAGCUAUUAUUACAUGGGGGAAGUGGGAUUCAGUGCCCAUGUGACGGAUGACAACUCCAAGUUCGUGAUCGGAGCCCCAGGUAUUGAUGAGUGGAAAGGAGCUGUGAUCCUGCACCAGCGGGAAAAGAGAGCCUAUAACCCACUGAUUCUCGAAUCUGCCCAUUGGAGACAGCAGGAAGACUCGUACUUUGGCUACGCCGUAAGUUCUGGAUACUUUAAGAUCGAUAACCAGUCUACCCUUUUGUACGUGACCACUGCUCCUCGGGCCGGAGAGGCCUAUAUAUGCGAUGCUUCGGGCAGGAACCUCAGUAGGAUUCACGGAGAGCAGUUGGGCGAAUACUUUGGCUACUCCGUUCUGGUGGAGGAUCUCAAUGGAGACGGCCUAACGGACAUAGUCGUAUCAGCGCCUCUAAAAGCUCGGGGGGAUUCAUAUGACAUUGGAGCUAUCUACGUUUUUAUCAAUAAAGGCCUGUUCAACUUUAAGCAGAAGAUUAUUUGGUCGCCAGUUGGCAGUAAGGGGCGUUUCGGAACCACUCUUUCCAGAUUGGGCGAUAUUAAUCACGACGGAUACAAUGACGUGGCCGUUGGAGCUCCCUUUGCAGGAAACGGAGUGGUUUUUAUCUACCUGGGUAGCGAAGAUGGACUGCGGGAUCAACCAAGUCAGCGAUUGGAGGCUCCUUCCCAGCAGCCUUCCCCGUACGGAUCGUACAUGUUCGGACACGGACUCUCCCGAGGAUCGGACAUAGAUGGCAACGGAUUCAACGACUUGGCCAUCGGAGCCCCCAAUGCCGAGUCCUUAUAUGUAUACCGCACCUAUCCGGUGGUUAAAAUUCAUGCGACAGUGAGGUCGGAAUCGCGAGAGAUAAAACCGCAGCAGGAUAAGGUGAAGAUCUCCGCCUGCUACCGACUGAGUUCCCCAGCCAAGACAAAGGAGGUCCAGAAGCAGGAGCUGGACAUCCGGAUUUCCAUAGACAAGCUGCUAAAGCGGGUUGAAUUCCCCCAGACGCAGACCAACGAGGUAAGCUUCCAGGUGAAUGCGACUCUCGACGAGCAGUGCCGGGACUUUGAGGUCAAGGUGCUAUACAGUGAGAAGGAUCUAGUCAAACCCAUCGAUCUGGAAAUCCACUAUGAGCUAACGAACAAAGUUCCCAACUCGGAGGUGUUCUGCGAAACCUGCGCGAUGGUGGAUCCAUCCGAACCGAAAACAUAUUCAACGGAGAAGAUUAGCUUUAUUACGGGAUGUUCCACAGAUGUUUGUGUUCCUGAUCUUCAGUUAAGAAGCGAGCAUGUGAAACCUAGUUAUACUUUGGGCUCUACAAACACCCUGCGCCUGAGUUACGAGGUCACCAACCACGGAGAGACCGCCUACCUGCCCCAACUCAACGUGACCAGCUCCUCCCGCCUGCCCUUUGCUCAGGUUCCUGGAAACUGUCGGGUAAGGAAGGCAGUAAUGGUGUGCGACCUGAACAACGGACGACCGCUGGUCAAAGGUGACAGCGAUUCCCUUAUUAUUACUUUCGAUGUGAGCCAACUCAGUGGAGAUUCACUGAUCAUCGACGCAGCUGUAAUCAGUACGGGAAUCGACGAGAAUUCCACGGACAACCAGCAGACCAACGUUAUCUGGCUAAAGGAGUUUGCCGAAAUCGAUGUCAGUGGGGGUCCGACAGACGGACAACUUGCUCUCAAAGAACCCCCAUACUCCGCGGAAGUUAUUAAUCAUUACGAGGUCAAAAGCCAUGGACCCAGUACCAUACAAGAGCUAACACUGCUCUUUUUCAUUCCAAUUGCCUUCAAGAUCGAUAAGGUGGUUCAGCCCAUCAUUAAUGUAAACAGUCUGAAGAUGGAGGCCACCUACGAUUCCCAUUCGUUGCCCAUCAAGAUAUACGAUCAGAAUCAUGAGAACUAUGACCUGAUCACCACUUCCUCUAGAGAUAUUGACAACUCGACGGAUGUCGAGAUCAAGGAUAUGGAUAAUUUGCCAACGAUUCGAACUCUCGUUCUCAACUGUAAGGAUACCAACAGGACGAUCUGCGUUCGAUCAGAGAUGCGCCUACGAAUGAGACCGAAUAAACCUGUUAGCGUAAACAUAAACUUCAAAGUGGAUCUGAGUGACGUUAUCGAUCCCUUCGAGUACUUUGUUCUUCUGACCGAUUUUAAGUUCUUCAAAAAGGGUGAUCCCCAAUUGAGUUCCUUUGUGAUUAAUCGAAAGAUUAAACCAAAUGUGAUAUUCAAGAAUCUAGAGGCUGAACUUCCCAUCUGGUAUUUAAUAUUGGCUCUCAUUGGUGGAUUGCUGUUGCUUGCUACGAUAACCUAUGGUCUUCACAAGCUUGGAUUUUUUAAGCGCUUGAAGAAGGAUGAGCUUAAGAAGUUGCAGGAGGAGAAAAACCUUAACAACGAUGACUCGCGACCAGAUCAGAAUUGCAACCCAGAGGAGCUAAGCUUUGAAAUGGAAUCUCAUUUAGAUAACGAAAAUAGUGAAGCAUUAUAA